AGAUGAGCACACGGGCCGCUUCCUCGGCGGAGGUUCCAUCAUUUCAGGACCGUUAACUCGGGUGUCGCCGAGUUAAAAUGGUUGAUAUCCGACCAGACAAGCAACCCAAAACCGCGUUAAACGUCUCGAUCAUCUUUCUUGAAAUCACGGAAACCCUAAACUCCCAGUCUUAGUGGUCAGUUCUGCGGGCUGGUGGGUCAGAGCCUAAACCGAGGCCAUGGCAGUAAAGGACCGUGUGGAGGCAGUGUUGAACGUGGGUCUGCGUGUUCCCAGCAUCAUGCUGCUGGAUGUCCUGUAUCGCUGGGAUGUCAGCUCCUUCUUCCAGAAGAUCCAGCGCUCCAGCCUCUCCAACAACCCACUGUUCCAGUACAAAUACCUGGCUCUGUACCUGCACUACGUAGGUUACAUCCUGAGCUUGGUGCUGCUGACUCUGCCUCGUCAGCACCUGGUUAAACUCUACCUGUACGUCCUCACUGCCCUGCUGCUGUUUGCUGGUCACCAGGUGUCCAGGGACUAUGUUCGCAGUGAACUGGAGUCUGGCUAUGAAGGACCCCUGUACCUGGAGCCUCUCUCCAUGAACCGAUUCACUACUGCACUCAUAGGUCAGCUGGUGGUGUGUACACUGUGCUCUUGUGUGAUGCAGACUAAGAGGAUCUGGCUGUUUUCUGCCCAUUUGCUCCCCCUUGUGGCCAGGCUGUGUCUGGUCCCUUUGGAAACCAUCGUCUUCAUCAACAAGUUCUCCAUGAUCUUCACAGGCCUUGAGGUCAUCUACUUCCUGGCUUCCAACCUGCUAGUGCCAUACAACCUUGCCAAGACUGCCUACAGGGAGCUGGCUCAGGUAGUAGAGGUUUACGGUCUGCUGGCUCUGGGCAUGUCCCUGUGGAACCAGUUGGUGCUUCCUGUGCUCUUCAUGUGUUUCUGGUUGCUGCUGUUCGCUCUGCAGAUCUACUCCUACUUCAGUACCAGAGACCAGCCUACCUCUAGGGAAAGGCUGCUUUUCCUCUUUCUCACCAGUAUUGCAGAGUGCUGUAGUACGCCCUACUCCCUACUGGGGCUGGUCUUCACCGUCUCCUUCAUCGCUCUGGGAGUACUUACUCUCUGCAAAUUCUACCUUCAAGGCUACCGGGCUUUUAUGAAUGACAACACCAUGCACCGCGGUAUGACAGAAGGCAUCACCCUGCUGAUCUUGGCUGUCCAGACGGGUCUCAUCGAGCUGCAGGUCAUCCAUCGAGCCUUCCUCCUUUCUAUAAUCCUCUUCAUUGUCGUGGCAUCCAUCCUUCAGUCCAUGCUGGAGAUAGCUGACCCCAUUGUCCUGGCCCUUGGUGCCUCCAGAGAUAAGAGUCUGUGGAAACACUUCCGGGCAGUGUCCUUGUGUCUGUUUCUGCUGGUUUUCCCAGCCUACAUGGCCUACAUGAUUUGUCAGUUCUUCCACAUGGACUUCUGGCUUCUUAUCAUAAUUUCUUCCUCCAUUCUAACCUCCCUGCAGGUUCUGGGAACCCUACUGAUCUACAUUCUCUUCAUGGUGGAAGAGUUCCGAAAGGCUCCGGUAGAAAACAUGGAUGAGGUCAUUUACUGUGUCAAUGGCACCUACCGCCUACUGGAGUUCCUGGUGGCAGUGUGUGUGGUGUGUUAUGGAGUGUCGGAGACGGUGUUCGGGGAGUGGAGUGUGAUGGGUAGCACCAUCAUCCUGGUCCACUCCUAUUAUAAUGUCUGGCUCAGGGCCCAGCUAGGCUGGCAGAGCUUCUUGCUCAGGAGAGAUGCUGUCAACAAGAUCAAAAGCCUGCCGACGGCCAGUAAAACACAGCUUGAGCAGUACAACGACAUCUGCGCUAUAUGCUACCAGGACAUGAAGAAUGCCGUGAUCACGCCAUGCAGUCAUUUCUUCCACGCUGGCUGUCUGAAGAAAUGGCUUUACGUCCAGGAAACCUGUCCACUUUGUCACUCACAACUCAAGAGCCAAUCACCAGCCACCAGUAGUCCAGCCCAGGACACACCUGCAACCAACCAGAAUCCUGCAGAAAUGGGUCAGGGGGCACCAUCAACCAGUGGGAAGGAAAAAGAUUCUCCCUGUCUAGCUUUUAGUGGAGAGGAAGGUACAGGGGAGGAUGGAGGAGGGAAUGGACCUGCCUCGUCAGCUGGAGAGAGGUGUUCCUCCUCCUUGUCCUCCAGCGAGCCCCCUGCUCCGAAGGACUCAGUCAAGACACCAGACAGCCAGGACUGCUCAUCCUCAUUGUCCCCUUCUCCUUCACGUCCUCUCCUGUCUGACUCUCUGGAGAGCCAGGCUACUAUCUCAGCAGAGCCUUUACUCGUCCCUCCCCCCUCCACCACCAGCUUUGACACCCUGGACAUGUCCUGCUCUUUAUCAGCCUCUCCCUCCUCCUCCGUUUGCCCGCAGCUCACCUCAAGGGUCAGUACUUCUACUGCCUCUGUCUCCACGCCUCAUCUCAGCCCUGGUUCUUUAUUGGACAGCCAGGAUUCAUCCAGCUAGAUGAUUGGUUCCGCCUCUGCAGUCUGAACCACUCAAUCUCUAUGCUGAGGGACGUCUCCUCCCCAUGCAGCCUCUAAGCCUCAUCAGAACACACACACACAUGCACACACAUGCACGCUCCUUCCAAAUUCUGCCCUCCUACUCCUGUUGCCAUAGGCUAAACCAACAUCCUUGAUUCAAAUCCAUGAUUGUGAAACAUUAUCUUCGUUUUGAACGAGACAAAUCCAAUCAGAAAGUCCCCACUCUAUAUUGUGAGGGGAAGGCAGAGGCCUUGUACUCAUUUUAACCAGGUAAGGUAAGGUGAUUUUGUUCUGAGACAAAGCUCUUGACUUGUACAACCAGUAUCCAGGAAUGUGAACUGGAAAACAAACUGACUGGAAUAUGGUGCCCUCCCGUUAAAAAAUAACGGGGUUCCGUGGCCACAAAAUCCUGACACGGGGAAAGAAAAAAACUGAAAAAUCUCUAUGUCAAAUAAACCUAUCUCCUUUUCUUUCAAAUCAAGCCUGUAGUUCUAUCACUACAGCCAAGUUCCUCUCAUUUCACUCCCAGACAUUUCAUUUCUUCAUGCCCCGUCUUUCUUCGGUCUGCAUGACUCACGUUUCACUGUUAGGGUUUUCUCUUCUGUUCUGCUGUAUUUACAUAGUACCUUGGUUGGGUUUUCAAGCGGGUGCUACGUAACAAAGGGGUAUUGGUCUGCUGACCCUCGAUAGGCUGAAUAGAUAACCAUGUGUCAAUGGAUCAACGUGUUGAAUUUUUAAGUGGAAACAGACAACUUUUCAACUCCCCCUCCCCCUCCCAUUGUUUCCAAGUGGCAUUAUUGUUUGUGCCGCUGUCGCAAAGACAACUGUAUCACUUUCUGUUUGAAGAAGAAAAAACUGUAGAAAUCCCAGUUUGAACUACAAAUCUCAGUGCUAUGAUUAAGGUAGAGUAAAGCAUCUGGUAGUAUUAAUAAGUAGGCGGGUUGUGUUACUUACUGAUCCA